AUGCAACGCUUGUGCACGCCAUGGCGUCCUCUGACUUCAUUGGUGGGGAGGUCUCGCCCAUUGAUCGUCCACAGACGGGGUUUUGUCGUUACUCAUCCGACACGGGCUCGCGCUGCAUCUGCAACGGCAAUCCCCGUCAGUUCUCCUUCUCCUAUCCAGAAAGUCCGUCUCCGUGACUACCAGGAAGAAUGUAUCCAGUCGGUCCUUUCUUCGAUACAGAAUGGCCAUAAACGUCUCGGUAUCUCACUGGCUACCGGUUCUGGCAAGACGGUUAUCUUCACCCAGUUAAUAGACCGUAUCAAGCCUGUCAACGAACAUGCCAGCAAAACUUUGAUCCUUGCUCAUAGAAGAGAGCUAGUAGAGCAAGCUGCUCGGCAUUGUAAUAGUGCAUACCCAGAGAAGAUUGUCGACAUUGAAAUGGGCAAUAUGCGCGCCUCUGGAGCUGCCGAUAUCACCAUCGCCAGCGUGCAAAGCAUAAUGUCGGGGGAUAGGAUCGACAAAUUCGACCCCGAAAAGUUCAAGCUGGUUCUCGUUGAUGAGGCUCAUCACAUUGUGUCCCCUGGCUAUUUGAGGACUUUGAAACACUUUAACCUCGACCAGAAGAAUCUUGAAUCCCCUAUUCUUGUUGGCGUUUCUGCCACGUUUUCCCGUUUCGAUGGACUCCGGCUUGGAGCUGCCAUCGACGAGAUUGUCUACCACAAAGACUAUGUCGACAUGAUCGGGGACAAGUGGCUCUCAGACGUGAUAUUUACCACGGUGGCAUCGACAGCCGACGUGUCCAAGGUCCGCAAAAGCGCCAAUGGGGAUUUUCAACCAGGCGAGCUUUCCGAUGUAGUCAACACGGAGCAGGUCAACGAGAUUACAGUUCGAAGCUGGCUUGCCAAAGCCGCUGAGAGAAAGUCAACCCUCGUCUUUUGUGUUGAUCUUAACCACGUGUCCGGGCUGACCAAUACUUUUCGAGCCCACGGAGUCGAUGCCAGGUUUGUAACCGGAGACACACCCAAAGUCGAGAGAAGCGAACGCCUCGAAGCCUUUAGGCGUGGGGAGUUUCCGGUCAUGGUCAACUGCGGAGUCUUCACCGAAGGGACGGAUAUUCCAAAUAUUGACUGUGUCAUUCUGGCUAGACCGACUCGCUCCCGUAACCUCUUGGUUCAAAUGAUUGGGAGAGGCAUGCGGCUUCAUCCAGGCAAAGAAAAUUGCCAUAUCAUAGACAUGGUGUCCAGCUUGGAUACUGGCAUCGUAACGACACCGACGCUGUUUGGCCUGGAUCCAGGCGAGCUGCUUGACGGCGCGGCAGUGGACGACAUGAAGGAAAUUAAGGAUCGAAAAGAAGCUGAACAACGGAGGACUGAGGAGGCAUACACAGGCAGACCAGGUACAGGUAGCAGAGGGCCUAACCGCACUAUCACAUUCACCGAAUACGAAUCCGUCUUCGACUUGAUCGCGGAUACAUCAGGCGAGAAACACAUCCGUGCCAUCAGCCACUAUGCCUGGGUGCAGGUUGGUCCGGGCAAGUAUGUCCUCUCCAGCCCAGGUGGCUCUUACAUCAGGUUGGAGAGAGAUAGUACUGUGGAAGAGGAUGCGCCCAUGUUCGCAGCAUGGGAGAUCCGAGCCCUCCCCCCCGGCGUCUCGAAAGCCCCUUAUGCAGCACCUCGUCAACUGCUCCAAGCCACCACAUUCGUGGAUGCCGUCCACGGAGCCGACAAGUACGCAUCAGAAAAUUACCCUCGUACCUUCAUAUCAAGGACACAACGAUGGCGGAGCGGCCCUGCUACGGAUGGACAGCUGAGGUUUUUGAAUAAGCUAAGGAGCGAAGGAGACAAGUUGGAGGCAUCAGACAUUACCAUGGGCACAGCCGCGGAUAUGAUCACCAAAAUCAAGCAUGGCGCUCGCGGACGUUUUGCAGCAUUAGAUGCAGACCGACGUAAGAGGGAACGCCAGAGCACGAUGGCUCAGCAAGACAGAGAGAAAAGAAUGCUGCGGGAGAAGGUGUCAGUUGGUUCUCUGGUGGCGUGA